UUUUUUUUUUUUUUUUUUCCUGUUCGGUCGCUCCUCAAGAAUGAAGGCGUACAGGAAGUGGCUGCUGCUGGUCCUGCUGGUCUGGCUCCUCCUCUUCCUGUCCCUGCUCUGUCACUUCCUGGACCUCAGACUCUCCUCGGUGCGUCGAUCCAGAUCCGCCACAGACUCUGGACUCACCGGGACCGAGACCCGCUGCCUGUCCUCGGUUCAGGGGCGGAUCAGGACCCUGAGACCUGCUGGAGUCUCGGAGACGGACUGGAGGAGGAGGAGGAGGAGGGACUUCAGGUCCAGGUCUAAGGAGUACUACAGGUCCAGGUCUCUGGAGAUCCUGCAGAGACUCUGGAGUGGGAACCUGACCGCGGCGAUGCUGAGUCCUCGUCUCCAGAAGGUCCUGAAGGUCCAGCUGAGCUCCAACAGGCACCAGGUGGUUCGCCGGCGGCCGAGGGUCCGCAGAUCCGGUCUGCAGCUGUACUGCGAGCUGAAGAGGAGGACCAGGAUCCGGACCGUGGACGGGACCGAGGAGCCGUUCUCCGGUCUGGGCUGGGACCGGCUGGUGCCUUCACUGCCCCUGCAGGAUGUCAGGACGUCCCGGUAUCAGAGCUGCGCCGUGGUGAUGUCGGCCGGAGGCGUCCUCGACUCAUCACUGGGGAGGGAGAUCGACUCCCAUGAUGCAGUUCUGCGCUUCAACGCCGCCCCCACCAGAGGCUUCGAGAGAGACGUGGGGAACAAGACCACGAUCCGCAUCAUCAACUCCCAGAUCAUGGCUCUGCCCAAACACAAGUUCAGCAGCAGCUCGUUGUACCAGGACGUCACUCUGCUGGUCUGGGAUCCGGCUUCGUACUCCGCCAACCUGACCCAGUGGUUCCAGAAGCCCGACUUCGAUCUGUUCUCGGCGUACGUCAGGCGGCGCCGCCUCCGACCCGAGCAGCCGUUCUACAUCCUCCACCCGGACUUCAUCUGGGGUCUGUGGGACCUGAUCCAGGACAACACCCAGGACCAGAUCCAACCCAACCCGCCCUCCUCAGGGUUCAUAGGCAUCCUGUUGAUGAUGUCACUGUGCCGUGAGGUCAGCGUGUACGAGUUCAUCCCGUCCCUGCGUCGCUCCGACCUGUGUCACUACUACGAGCGUUACCAUGACGCCGCCUGUACGCUGGGGGCGUACCACCCUCUGAUGUUCGAGAAGCUGCUGGUCCAGAGGAUCAACCAGGGGGACCAGGACCAGCUGAGGAGGAAGGGCAAGGUCACGCUGAGGGGGUUCAGGGCGGUCCGGUGUGGGUCUAGAUCCUAG